AUGUGUGCUACUGCUUCAAGACGCGACGAUGUGGUAGGAAAAGUCGGUCGACCUUUCUCUUGGAGAUCAAAAGGCACCCGGCCUCAUAAAUCAGUUAUCCCUCUAUGUGGUCUGACCUGUGGUCCGGCUUUCACCAAUGGUGGGAAAAAUAUGUGUCGUUUGGACACUAUCCAGGAUGAAGUUUUGACCAACAGUGCCCCCUAUCCACCAGCUGAUCAAGUAACACAUGCUUUCAUGAAGCGACGAUCAAAUGCGUCUAGUCGUUCCAGCGGUCAUAGUGAUACGUCUAGUUCUCCAGCUGGUUGUCAAGGCUACGAAUGGUUGAAGGUAGAGUUUCUUUGUGCUCAUCUGACAGGUGUGGGAAACACUUCUCGCUCUGAGUACAUAAUCGAUUUGAAUGGUGAACAGGAGGCUGCUACUGCUCCACCUGCCAAACGGAGUCGAUCAGCACGGUAA